AGUGUUUACGUUUAUCAAGGUUGGGAAAUUGAAGAACACGAAAAAGUAUAAUGUUCACGGCCCUCCAUUUAUUCUCUCUUUUAUGCCUUUGCUUUGUUUGAGCUUUGAGUGUUGAGUGUUGAGUGUUGAGAGUUGAGACAGACAUGUAUAUAUAUAACCACACUCUUAUCUCGCAUUUCAUCACCAAAUUCCCUCUCAUUCUCAUUCUCUUCCCAACUCAAACUAAUUACCAAUUCUACUACUAAACCCACUAACUUCUUCUCUCACUCACUCACUCACUCACUCUUAAGGAGUUAGAAGAAAAAAACACAAGAAAGAAAUAUGAGCCGACCAGGAGAUUGGAACUGCAGAUCAUGCCAACACCUCAACUUUCAGAGGAGAGAAUCAUGCCAACGAUGUGGUGAUCCCAGGUCUGGAGACAGAGGAGACUUUGGAGCUUUCGGAGGAGGAAGAGGAUCCUCUAAUUCCUUCGCUUUCGCUACUACCGGCUCUGAUGUUCGUCCCGGCGACUGGUACUGCGCCGCCGCCAACUGCGGAGCUCAUAACUUCGCCAGCCGCUCUAGCUGCUUCAAGUGCGGUGCUUUCAAGGAUGACGUCAUCGGAGGCGGUGGCGGCGGCGGUUACGACUGCAUUGACAUGCCUCGUUCUCGCGGCUCUGGUUUUGGCUCUGGCGGCGGCGGUGGUGGUGGUGGCCGACCCGGCUGGAAAUCUGGUGACUGGAUUUGCAACAGGUCUGGAUGCAAUGAGCACAACUUUGCAAGCAGAAUUGAGUGUUUUAGAUGCAAUGCUCCUCGGGACUCAUACUAGACAUUAUCUUAUAUUUAAAUAUAGUUUUUGGGCACUUGAGCCAAGCGAUCUCCAGAGAGAGAAUGAGAGAGAGAGAGAUGAUAUGGUAGAAGAAAUAUUAGGAGUGUUUUUCACUUGAUGAAAUAUGAUUAUUAUUUAUUUGAGGUGCUAAGAGAGAGGCUUUUCUAUUAAGGUGGUGCAAAAAUCAGAUUAUCAACAUGAAUAUUUGGACUACAACUCUUAUAUUAUUGUGCCUGGCAUCUUAAUUAUAAUAUAAUUCUUAGAUAAUAUUAUAAAAGUCAUGAUGUAGUUUUUUGUUGUUUUUUUUUUUUUAUGUAUCAAGGGUUUGUUUGUUUUUUGUUUUUUUGUACUCUGCAUUGUUUUCUUAAAUGGAAUUGAUUCCUUAAUUA